AUGGAUCUCCACAACCCAGACCAGCCUAUGCUGUCCCCCGUAAAAGCGACUCAGGAUGGCUCGGCUCGCAUGCCGACAGCUCAGUGGCGCGCGUUUCAAGCAGCCACUGCUGCCAAUGCUGAGUGUGAAGCCUUCGGCAUACGCUACCAAGGACUGAAACGACAAUUCGACGAACAACAGCAGCGCUUGACCGAGCUAGGUGACAGAGUGCGCAACGCAAGCAACGCAUACGACGACGCGGUGGCGAAACGAGAACGAUGCUGUCAAGUUUAUCUUGAUCUCAGUACGGCUACCGUGAGUCAUCUGCGAGGUCGAAUUCAAUCAAUGCCCAGUCCAUCGACCAUAUCAAGCGCACGAGAUCUUCAGACCGGACAGCAGCCUCAACUUCACGCAUCGGACGAGGCCAUCGUCCAGGAGCCCGAAGCCCUUCCUAUCCGCACAGGACGUAUGCAAACACAAGUACUCAAUCAAGCUCCCUUGCUGCUAUAG